AUGCGCGCAACAGCUGUAGUUCUGGCUAGCGUUAUCGGAGCUGCGUUGGCCUCGCCCUCCCCAGCACAAAUCGUCCUCAAUCCCCUCCAAUUAUCGACCCCACUCUCCUCAUGCCCUGCGAACGGACCCAUCUCAUGCCAUAACUCAUCAAGAAUUCCAGAUCUGUGCUGCUUCGAGUCUCCAGGUGGUCUUUUAUUGCAAACCCAGUUCUGGGACACCCAUCCUUCUACUGGUCCGGAGGAUAGCUGGACAAUCCAUGGUCUUUGGCCCGAUAACUGCGAUACAACUUUCAAUGAAAACUGCGAUCCCUCCCGCGCUUACACCGAUAUCGCCUCACUUCUUACUGACAACGGCGCAACUGACACUUUAAAUUUCAUGGAAACCUAUUGGGUCGAUAUGCACGGGGAGAAUGAGCAAUUCUGGGAGCACGAGUGGUCCAAGCACGGAACCUGCAUGAGCACGCUUAAUCCCCAGUGCCUCCCCAGUGGUAGCCCAGACGGUUUUGAGGCGGUCCUUUUCUUCCAGACGGUCGUUUCCUUGUUCCAAUCUUUACCGACGUACACCUGGCUUGCAAACGAAGGGAUAACUCCAAGCCACGACAGGACUUAUACACUCUCCGAGCUUCUUUCCGCGCUCAAGAGAGCAUCUGGAGGAAUUGAACCAGCGCUCGACUGCAAAUCCGGCGCCCUCAACGCCGUCAGCUGGUACUUCAAUGUAAAAGGUUCAAUUGCUGAUGGAACUUUCGUACCGAUCAAUGCACCUAAGCAUGGCGACUGUCACUCAUCUUCGAGGAUCAAAUACCUCCCCAAAACCCGUCAUUAA